CUAGGUAUAAAAUUCUCACAAAUGCAGCAAGAAAGAAUUUUGAAAUACAAAUUUUGGAUGAUUUAAGAAAAACCAUCAUUUACUUAUUUACCAACUUGGUCGGGGAAUAGGCAAAACUCUGAUGCAUAGAAACCAAAUUUUACGUAGGAACUUCAGAUUUUGGUAUUAUCAUUUGAUAGGGAUUUGGUUGAAAUAUAUUUUAGUUCCAUAUAUUUCAACCAAAUCCCUAUUAAAAUCGAAACUAAAAAAUUGAGAACUUCAUAUGUAAAAUUAUUCUUUGAAUCUUGGAGAAGCAUUACAAGAUGCCAAUGUAUCUACAAUCUACGUAUAAAAAAUAAGUUUGCUCAUAUAAUGCUCGUAUGCGAAGACUAUACAGGGUGCCUCUAAAAGGUCUGUACAACACGCUACCAUAGGUUCUUUAUAAAAAUAGGCCGAUUUGACCCAACUCACGUCUAUCCAAAAGUGCUUCGGUAAGGCGCCAUCGACCGCCAAAGAUCUUUAAAAAAAAUCGUACUUUUUAUUUUAUCGGAAGAUGAUUUUACGGAUUAAAAUAAAAUUCGGGAUGUGAAUGUAAAAAGGUCUUUAUGAUAUCAUUUUUUUAAUUGUAGCCGCUGUGUAGGUGGUAUGGUAAAAUAAAAAAACUUUUUAACUAACCGUUCUGAAUUUUUACCCACAGGAAGACAGUUUAUUUUCAAGCAUUUUUUGUCUCUUGAUGAAUUUCAUUAUCUGUGAUGGUUUACCAAAAAAAAAAAAAGUUUAGGUAUGAUCUGGGGUAUGAUGUAUGGCAAUGGGAUCACUACCAAUGCGAUUGUUCAUAGCCUACCUCUAUUUCCAACUUGCACAGAUAUUUUCUAUUGCAACAUUCAUACUUAUUGUAAAUGUCGUGCAUCAUUUUAGUUUUUUUUUUUCGUAAACCAUCACAGAUAAUGAAAUUCAUCAAGAGACAAAAAAUGCUUGAAACUAAACUGUCUUACUGUGGGUAAAAGUUCAGAACUGUUAAUAUGACCGUUAAAAAGUUUUACACCUCUUUAGAUGUGGAUGGCCAGUAUUUUACCAUCUACAUAGCAGCUACAAUUUAAAAAAAUGAUAUUAUAAAGACCCUUUUUACAUGAGACAUUCACAUCCCGAACUUUACUUUAAUCCGUAAAACCAUAAAAAAUACGAUUUUUUUAAGAUCUUUGACGGUCGAUAGCGCCUAACCGAAGGAUAGAGGUAAGUUGGGUUAAAUUGACCUAUUUUGAUACCAAGAACCCAUGCUAGCGCUUUGUACAGACCUUUUAGAGACACCCUGUACAUGUAUAUUAAGAUUUAUCAAUUUAUGGCUUGAAAAGAAAUUCCUAGAGCUUAGAAUUUGGACUACAGCAAGGAUUUUUUAGGUGUUUGACAUAAUGAAACCAGAUGACAUUGCUUUUGAAGCGAAGAAGGAUCUUUUAAUAGCCAAUUUUGGCGAGUCUUAUUUAAAAAAACAUAGGCGUGAAAGAAUGGCCUAUUCAUGCAGUAAUAGAAUGCGUGAACUUUCAAGGAUAUUAUUAAAUUUUCGCAUGAUAACCAAUAAUAAUAAAGCUAAUUUUAAAGAUAUAUUGCAUCCUAAACACUUCGAUACUGUAUUAAUGGCAGUUCGGAAGAUUAGUGGUUUUGACCACGAAAAGAAGUCAUUUCAAACUCCAAGUUUGGCUAUGCAUCUAGGAACCUCAUUAAAAUUAGCAUGCGAUGAACUUACACACCUGGUAUUAAAACAAAGUAAAGGUUUCAGAUGUAAAUCGGCGGAAGAUGCCCAGGUUUGGCUUACGAAUAUUAAGAAUUUUAAGAAACUGGUUGAAUCGCGAUGGACCAUAGAAAUUUCGUCUUUAGCUAAUAAAGAUCUUCAAGAAAAGCGUUGGAAAAAGCCGCUAUUACUACCAUUGGUGAGCGACGUGAAAAAGUUUAGAGACGAAGUGACUAAGUUGGCAAAUGACUCCGUAUCCCAGCUACUUUUAAAAGAGAAUAAACGCGCAUUUAAAUUAUUAAUACAAUGUGUCUUAUCGUUACUAAUUUUGUUUAAUCGUCGCCGAAUAGGUGACGUUCAAUAUCUUAAGAUCAGCGACUACAAAUCAGAUAAAAAGAGCAACUACACAGAUUUCGACCAUGUACUUACGGAUGUGGAAAGAUCAUUGACCCAAAAAUACAAGAGAGUACUCAACAGCGGUAAAGGUUCGAGGGCUGUUGUCAUACUUAUACCUGAAGAACUGCAAAACAUGAUUAAUGUUUUAUUAGCGGAGAGAAACAAGUACAUAUUAGACUCUAACAAUGACUAUGUGUUUGCCAUGCCCGACAGUACGAUUAAAUGGGGAAAAGGUGAUGUGGCAAUUCGGGCAUUGUGCAAAAAAAUUCAAAUUGAAAACCCUAAAGCUAUUUCAAGUAACAACCUGCGGAAACAGAUUGCCACUGUAACCCAAAUUUUAAGUUUAAAACCAGAAGAGGCAAAACAGUUUGCAAAUUUCAUGGGGCAUACUCAAAAGACUCACGAUGAGUUUUAUGAAUUACCGGUUGACAUUUACCAAACUGCAAAGGUGUCAAAAUUGUUGAUGAUGAUGGAGAAAGGAUCUAUGCCAAUCGAAUAUAAAGGAAAGUCGUUGGAAGAGAUUAAUAUAGAUUUUAACCUAGAAUAUGCGGAGGAAGACAAAAUUGACGGCACAAUAAAUAAAAGAAGUGAGGAGCCUCCAGGAUUUUAUGCAAACGAAAGAUCUAUUGAGAUUGUAAAUACAGGAUUUAAUGAUGUGAAUGAUCGAGAAAAUCGAAGUCCCUGUUCCUCUCCCCAAGAGGAAUUAUCAUCAGAUAUAACUGUUGCAGCUAAUGAAAGGUCUCGGACAGUACCGCAAAUACCAUCAGAUUUACCGAUCCAUGCGUCACCAAAAACAUCUCGGAUAGUACAGGACAGACCAUCAGAUUUAAUUGACGCUGAUAGUGUAGCUGAAGUUCCAAAGAGAAGUGGACAGAGAACCUAUUGGUCUAAUCGGGAACUUCAUUUAUUAAAAAAAGAGUUCAGUGUCUACAUUAAUAAAGGUACCUAUCCAGCAGGGAACGACAUAAAGGAAUUUCUUGAAAGAAAUGGAAUAAACAGAAGCGUCAUUGUAACCAAAUCAAAGCUACAACAUUUGAUUAAAACUAAAAAAGGACUAUAAACUACAAGAAAUGUUACCUUUAUUUUACGUAAUAGAAUACAUUUUUAUUUUAUUCUUCCACAA